GUGAAGCUGUCAGUCGCUCCCAGACGCGCUAAGGGAUACGUUGCUGCUCUGUGCUCUCUCUCUCAAUACUAACUCGCCCCCAUACCAGUGUUAUCAGUCCUCGCCGCUUAAAAGUAAACAUAUAAUCGGUUGUAACAGCAAGUUGACAUACAACAACAAGAUAAAUUGUGAAAUAAGUGUAUAUUUGCUGUGUUAGAAAAUAUUAUCCUCCAGUAAGCUGGUGUUUUAACACAUCUCUACGGCAGUUUUGUCUUCUCUCUCCUCAAGGUGAAGAUGGAGCCGCGACGGUUUGGUCUGCGUCCCGUGGCGCCCCGGAGCAGCCCUUCUUCAGCCAGUGGGCCAGUCACCCCCAGGACCCCACGGGUAUGGCGCCCUAAGGGCCCCCAGCAGAGCCUCGGCAACCCCAGCAGGAUACUGAAGAAGGAAGAGAAGGCGGAGUUGGUGAGGAAACUGACGCCCAUGCAGUACCGGGUGACGCAGGAAAAGAUGACUGAGAGGCCGUAUUCCAACAAGUAUUACAAGCAUUGGGAUCGCGGUGUGUAUUGCUGCGUGGUGUGUAGAGAAGAGCUCUUCCUCUCUCACACUAAGUAUGACUCGGGGUCAGGCUGGCCAGCGUUCUAUGAUAUCAUCAGCAAAGACAAGGUCUCUCUUAGACAAGAUCUCUCACACGUUGGUGCCAACCUGCUGCUGCUGGUGUGCAACCCAUCGCUGGCAAGGACGGAGGUUGCAUGUGCCACCUGUGGAGCGCACAUUGGCCACGUGUUUGAUGAUGGGCCCAAGCCUACAGGGCAACGCUUCUGCGUCAACUCUUCGUCACUUGCCUUCAAACCUCAGGGACCUGUUGAUGAAAACUCGACUCCUAAUUUAGAAAGAAUGAUGCAGGAAAAAGCGUGGUCAACCUCUGUGUCACGGACAGCAGAACCUAUUGUACAUCUUGCCUCCCCAUCAAACUCGUGUGCCCUUGGAGCUCGCAUGUGCUUCAGAGUGUCCAACAUGGAUGCAUGUGAGGCGACCACACCACAAUCCUGA